UCCUGUGGCCGGGAGAGCUUUAUGCAGCGGCUGUUUUUUGAGCAGCCGAUAAGAAAAGAGGGCAUCAUGCGCCUGCCGACAGGGAGAUAGCCAGGAGGGCAUGCAUCAUACGCGCCAACGGAAAGGAGCAACGUAGGGAAAGCGUUAAAGGCGCAGCGCAUGCCGUGCAGCGAACGCCUUUCGCGCCUGCGAAGCGCUUGUGGAGCCGCGCGAUGGCUCGGGCGGCGGCAGACCGCUGGCAGCCGCUGCGCGAGUGCGGCUCGUUGGAGAGCUUCGCCGCCGCGCCAGGCUGCCGGCGCCAUAUUGCUGGGGACGCUCCCUCCUCUCCGCGCGCCUUUGGGGAGCUCUCCCGCUGCUCGCCCUCCUCCUCCGACCACACCCACGAACAGGCGCUCGUAAUGGCGGCCGUCGUCUCCCCAGUUCGCCGCGGCGGACGCCACUGAGCGGGUUUCCCGUCACGCAGAGCUCUUCUGGGAUACCGGCCGCUGUGGAGGCGUCCUCGUGCGGUUUGCGCGGACGCGAAUCGCGGGCUCUUCCUCUUGUUGUCGAGAGCAGUCGUCGAUCUUCUGCGUGAAGCGUCGGAGGAAGAAAAAAAAACAAGAAGGAUAGCGGAGAGCGAGAGGAGGAACACGGAGGAGUGCCGCUGUGGCUUUGGUGAUCGCUGUGCCUGGCGCUCGUCGAACAUGGGAGAAGAAACGCAAAGCCAGCGGCCGAUGGCUGCGCGGUGACGGCGGUCAUCCAGGUGUGCUCUUCGUCGUCUUCCUGAGAGAAGCGAGCCGUGCUUGUGUGUGUGCGUGUGUUCGGUGCAGCGAAGAGAACGCUUUCGGAGAGCUCGUCGCUCACGUUUCCCUGUGGGAGCACCUGUACGCUCGCAGAGGCCAUGGGUUGGCGCUGCGUGCUGCGAGCAUGCCAUCGGUCGGCCUCUUCCUGGGCGCCGCUCUUCCUGCUGGCUCUCCACCUUCAGCACCAGGCUUCUGAUGCGCUGAAGAUAGGGCUCGUGAUGGGCGUGAACCAACCUCAACGUGUCGUCACGGCCUUUCGUGAUGUCAUCGAGUACACCAACCAGCGUGCGCCUGGUGACCGAUACAAGAUUACCCCACUGACAACGAGGGUUUUCGACAAUGACACAUUCAACGUCACCAAUGACGCCUGCGGCCAGCUGAGCUCGGGCGCGGCCCUGCUCGUCUCCCCGGACGGCGGCACGGUGCUCGAGGCCCUGGCGGCCGUCUCGGCGCGGCUCCAGGUGCCGCUGCUGAGCGCGUCGGCGGCCCGCAGCCCGUCGUCCCGCCUGACACGCUUCGGCCUCGCCCUGCGGCCGCAGGCGCACGGGGCGCUGGCCGCGCUCGUGCACGCCUUGCGCUGGCCGCGCCUCUUCUACAUCUACGACUCCGCAGAAGGUCUGGACAGGCUGCAGGAGAUGCUGGCCGCGCUGCCCGCCGACUACCCCCUGGAGGUGCAGCACGUGCGGCGCAUACGCGGCGAGAAGGCUGCCUUCGAAUUUCUCCAGGAGCGCGAGAACGAGCAGUGGGACACGGACAAGUUCGUGCUGCUCGACUGCAGCGUGGAGACAGCGCGCCGAAUCGUCCAGUACGCGUACGGGAAGCGGCGAGCCUACUACACCUUCCUCUACGCGCGAUACACGCUUCCCGAUGACUGGAAGGACAGCCAGGUGUACGACCAGAGCAAAGUGCUGGCGCUGCGUAUUCUCCAUGAGGACGCCAGUGGCCACCACAGCGCCGUAAGGGCGGCCAGCAGGGACUCGUACUACAGUUCCUCCGAGAGCAUCACGGAAGAGGAGGCCCUGGCGUACGACGCGACACUUGUGGUGAGCGACAUGCUGACACGGCUGUCGCGCGAGCGGCCCGAGCUGGGGAUCGAGCUCUACCAGGACGCCACAUCGGGCCAGAGCUCGCAGUGCUAUGGCUCGCCGCUUGUGCCCUACAAACACGGACAGGCCAUCGUCGAGCUGCUCAAGAAGACCUCUGUCAACGGCACCACUGGUCAGAUUAUGUUCGACGAACAAGGCCAGCGCGUCGGCUACACAGUCGACGUUAUGGAACUCACGAUGCAACAGAAGAUGCAGAAGAUUGGUUAUUGGUCUCAAACAACCGGUUUCAUAAAACAGCCGGAUUCAAGGGGAUAUCAACCGACAUGGGUUGACCCAUCUGAGAAGAAGCUUGUAGUCACUACCAUACUGGAGCCGCCAUUCCUCAUGUACAAGAACGCUAACGAUACCAGUGAUGACGAGGACAACCUGGAAGGCUACUGCAAGGAUCUCAUUGCCAAGCUGAUGCGUGCGAUGGGCCGACACUACAGCAUUCGUCUGGUCAAGGACAAUAAAUAUGGUUCUCGAGACAAGUCUGCGCAAUCUGGGUGGAAUGGAAUGAUUGGCGAGAUCCUGAGAAAGGAGGCAGACAUCGCCGUCGCGCCGCUGACCAUCACGGCCGAGCGCAGCCGAGCCGUGUACUUCAGCGAGCCCUUUAUGAAGUCUGGCCUCGCGGUGCUCGCGCGGCGGCACGAGGAAGAGUCGCUCAGCGUGUUCAGUGUGUUCAGCUUCUUGCGGCCUCUCUCGUGGGAGGUGUGGCUGUGCCUGCUGUCUGCCUACGUCGCCGUCGCCGUGCUGUUGUUCGUCAUCAACCGACUCAACCUGGCCGUGGCUACUCCCCCUAAGGCACCCCCUGGACCCUGCAGCCACUUGUACAACAGCCUGUGGUAUGCCCUCGGUGCAUUCAUGUCCGAGGAGUGCAACAACUGCAGGCCCAAGUCUGUUGGCAGUCGCCUCAUCAGCUUCGGAUGGUGGCUCUUCGUCCUGGUGAUGUUAUCAAUGUAUACAGCACAACUGUGGGUGAAUCAGCCUUUCAGGGCACGUGCUCCUUCGGUGAAAGACGUCAAGGAACUGGCUAUGCAAGACAAGGUAGAAUACGGCAUCGUCAGAGAUUCUGCCACCGAAGAGUUUUUUCGGCGCACGAAAGACACCUACUACGCAAGAAUGUGGGACUCGAUGGCUACGUUCAACAACACUAUGACGGCUACUAAUGAAGACGGCAUAAAAAGAGUCCGCGAGUCCGAGGGUAAAUACGCCUUCAUAGUGGACACCACGAAGAUAAAGUACGCAACACAGAAGGCGCCCUGCGACCUCGUUCAAAUUGGCGACACAUUCCAGCCUUCCGGUUACGGCGUCGUUGUGUCGCACAAGUCGCCACUCAAAAAAAUACUGGACGUCACUAUAGCCAGGCUCCAAGAAGAUGAAGAACUUUACGCUGUGUAUAAGAAAUGGUUCGGGAAGGAAGAAUGUCAUCAGCCAGAACAAGGUGCCGUUCCGCUGGAGGUGACCAAGGUGGGUGGCUGGUUCGUCAUUCUCGGUGCCGGAUUGGUCAUUGCCGUGGCCGUGGCUGUGGCUGAGGUGUGGUGCAAGUCCCCCGCCAAGCCUAAGAAGGAAAAGAAGCCCAAGGAGCCAAAGGAGCCAAAGCCUAAGAAGGAGAAGAAGAAAAAGGACAAGAAAGAGAAGGACGACGAACAAAUCAAGGAAGAAGGCGUGGAGACGCAGCUCCUGCAGCCGGGGACAAACCCAAGCGCCUACACGGGAGGCUACGUGGGAGGAGCCGACCUUACCAUCGAGGAGGUGGGCGAAGAAGAGGAGGAGGACGAGAUGGUCAAGGUUCCCAUCGCCGACGUGGAGAACCUGACUGACUCGGCAGAUGACAGCCGUGACAUCACGCGCGACGUGACAGCUGACCGCAUCGUUCCGCUGGCCGUGAACCCCCUGGAGAACCACCCGGAGAUAAAGUCCAUCGACCACAGCCCCGUCGAGUCACCCAAAGGGGGUGGCGGGUACGAGAGCUCCGAAGUCUAGGAAUCCGCCGUUUUAACGUUGCGAAAGGCCUUCUCGUGGGGACCCGCAACCAAGUCGGAGAGCGAUGCCUUUCCAGCACUGCCGGUGUGUCGCCGAGGGAGAAGGAUGGGAGCACUUAACUGCUCCUGCCGCGACAAAAAAAAACAGAAAAAAAAACAGUCCCGAUGCGGUUAAGCCGGCUGACCGUGAGAGCCGUGGCUGUGACCUAAAGGAGCAACAUUGUUUUGACGCAGCAUACGCGAUACGGAAGAUAUGCAGUCAAACAUGCACCGAAAAAGAUGUAGUGACAGCUGCACCUCGGUUCUGGUUGACUGCAGCUUGUUCCGUAACGGCGUACUUUGUAAACAUGGUCCUGUUUUUGUUUUUUU